CGGUGAUGGCGGUGGGGCGGGGCCAGGGCCGGGACCGGUCCUAAUAUAGAGCCCGUCCUCAGGCUCGAAGCACAGCGGGCGAGCAGCACAGCUCGGACGCUGGGACCCCAGAGCCCCGCUGAGUGUCAGUGUCCACCUGCCGCCGCCGAGCCUCUGUCUAGAGCGCCAGCCUCGCCACCAUGAGAAACCUGCUGAUGUGCCUGCUCUUCUGUGCCGCUGUCGUGAACGACUCUAAAGGCAGCAAUGAACUUCAUGGAGUGUCUGGUGCAUCAAACUGUGGCUGUCUGAAUGGAGGAACAUGUGUGUCAUACAAGUACUUCUCCAACAUUCGGCGAUGCAACUGCCCAAAGAAAUUCCAAGGGGAACACUGUGAGAUAGAUACAUCAAAAACCUGCUUUCAGGGGAAUGGACACUCUUACCGAGGGAAGGCCAACACUGACAUCAUGGGCCGGCCCUGCCUGGCCUGGAACUCUGCUGCCAUCCUUCUGAAAACAUACCAUGCCCACAGACCUGAUGCUCUUCACCUGGGCCUGGGGAAACACAAUUAUUGCAGAAACCCCGACAACCGGAAGCGGCCCUGGUGCUAUGUGCAGGUUGGCUUCAAGCAGCAAAUAGAAGAGUGCAUGGUGCAUGACUGCUCUUUUGGAAAAAAUCCCUUAUCUCCUCCAGAAAAAACAGAGUUUCAAUGUGGCCAGAAGGCUCUGAGGCCCCGCUUUAAGAUCAUUGGCGGGGAAACCACCACCAUUGAGAACCAGCCCUGGUUUGCAGCCAUCUACAGGAAGCACCGUGGAGGCUCUGUCACCUACGUGUGCGGUGGCAGCCUCAUCAGUCCUUGCUGGGUGGUCAGCGCCACGCACUGCUUCAUUAAUUACCAAAAGAAGGAGGACUACGUAGUCUACCUGGGUCGAUCAAAGCUUAACUCCGUCACACCUGGGGAGAUGAAGUUCGAGGUGGAAAAGCUCAUUUUGCAUGAGAACUAUAGUGCUGACACACUCGCUCACCACAAUGAUAUUGCCUUGCUGAAGAUCAAGUCCACCCAGGGCCAGUGUGCACAGCCAUCCCGGUCCAUACAGACCAUCUGCCUUCCCCCAGCAUAUGAUGAUGCCCGUUUUGGCACAAGCUGUGAGAUCACUGGCUUUGGAAAAGAGAAUUCCACUGAUUAUUUCUACCCAGAGCAGCUGAAAAUGACUGUUGUGAGAUUGGUCUCCCACCAGGAAUGUCAGCAGCCCCACUACUAUGGCUCUGAAGUCACCACCAAAAUGCUGUGUGCUGCUGACCCACAGUGGGAAACGGAUUCCUGCCAGGGAGAUUCUGGGGGGCCCCUAGUCUGCUCUACACAAGGCCGCCUGACUCUGACUGGGAUUGUGAGCUGGGGCCGUGGAUGUGCCAUGAAGGACAAGCCAGGCGUCUACACAAGGGUCUCACGCUUCCUGCGCUGGAUCCGAAUUCACACUGCCGAAGCGAAUGGCCUAGCCCUCUGAGGGCCCCCAGGGAGCCUCAGGAGCAGAGGGGCACCACCCUCUCCCAUGCUGACCGUCACAUUUGCCGCAGGGCUGUCUGCACGGGCUAUAGUAAGGGAUAGCCCGAGGAAGACAGGUUCUGCAGGCCUGGUGUUGUUUGUGCUGCCCACCAGGCUGAGCAACAUCCGCUUUGCCUGCAGAUACGGGCCUGGGUGCUGGAUGCCCAGAUACCCACUGUCCAGGAUGGAGGCGUGGCCCUGACCCAGGAUGGUAUUGACCAUUAUUUUGUCUUUUUCUGGCCUGAAGCCUCCUGGAGUUAGAAAUGGCCUCUCCUAUGCAUGGGUGGAAGGAGAGCUAGCUCCCCCAACAGUGGUCAUUCACGCAGGCCACUGUUGGGAAAUGAAUAAUUUCCCAGUUAGGAAGUAUAAGAGAACUGAGGUCUCUUGAGGGAGGCUGGCCAGUGUGGGAACAGUGGUUUGAGGAAUUAGAGACACUAAUGACUUGAGGGAAGGGCUCUGACAUUCCAUGAAUGUAUCAGAAAAUAUUAUAUAUGUGUCUGUAUGCUUGCACAGUUGUGUGCAGACUGUGUGUCAGUGUGAGUGAGUAAGAGCUGGGCUCCCUGUGUCUAAUUGCAAGUCUAGAUAUUUCCCUAAGUUGUAUGGACUGUGAUGCCCCUAGAAUGAUCUGGAGAGGUCGUGGUCAUUUCUGGGGCACCUUGGGUCUCCCAUGUGAUGAUGCCUAUGGAUGCAUCCUUCCAGGGCAUGGCCAAAACUAAAUUUUCACUUUCACAUACAUGUCCCUUUCUUGGCCAGUUAUCCUUUUUGACCGUCCAGCUGAGAUCAUCCAACCCUCACUGAGUGGGGUGAGGACCACUCUUGUACACUGAAUAUUUAAUAAUUAUAUUCUGCUAUUUUUAUUUAUAUCUAUUUUUGUAAUUUUGAAUAAAUAUGAUCAAUAAAACAUGAUUUUUCUGAA